AUGAGCAGCGACAAAGAGAAGUUGGUCGAGGCCGAGUCGGUGAAGAAGUUCGCCUUCUUCGGAGUGGCUGUCAGCACAGUCGCCACUCUCACAGCCAUUGUCGCUGUGCCGAUGUUGUGCAUGUAUAUGCAAAAUGUGCAAUCCAACUUGCAAGACGAGAUCAACUUCUGCCGCACUCGUGCCGAGGGACUCCGCGGAGAGUACACGAAGCUCGAGCACUACCGACAGGGAGAGAAGGAACGUGAGAAACGUCAAGCCUACCAGUGCUGCUCUUGCGGAAUUGGAUCCGCUGGACCUCCUGGACAGCCUGGACAAGAUGGACAAGCUGGAAACGAUGGACGACCUGGAGCCCCUGGAAACCCUGGACCUGAUGCUCCUGAGGGACACCCUGUGCCCAAGCCCGAAGACUUCUGCUUCGAGUGCCCAGCCGGACCUGCUGGACCAACUGGACCUCAAGGACCCAAGGGACCUUCUGGAAACCCUGGAGCUACUGGAGACCAAGGACCACCUGGACGUGGAGGAUCUCAAGGAGCUCCUGGACCAGUUGGACCACCUGGAGAUGGUGGAAAAGAUGGACAACCUGGACAAGCCGGACCACCUGGACAACCCGGACCACAGGGAGAUGCUGGACAAGAUGGAGCUCCUGGAAACCCUGGAAACCCUGGAGAGCCAGGAAAUGCUGGAGACGCUGGACUCAAGGGCUCUUGCGAUCACUGCCCACCACCAAGAACCGCUCCCGGCUAC